AUGGACAAUGUCCCAUUUCUCCUGUUAUUAUAUGCAGCAUUUUCUUGUGCUUUUCUGGCAGAUACAAGACAGAAUAAAGAAGGAGACAUGCAGCUUAUCCAGAAGUACCUGGAAAAUUACUAUGGAUUUAAGAAAGAUGGAGAAGCUUUCAUUUGGAAAAAUAAUAGUCCAAUGACUCAAAAAAUGAAAGAAAUGCAGGAAUUCUUUGGACUGGAGGUGACAGGGAAACUGGAUUCUGGCACUAUGGACCUAGCACAGAAACGUUGCUGGGGAUUCCCUGAUGUAGCAGGGUUCUCCACCUUCGCAGGAGAGCCAAAAUGGGCAAAACAAGUUCUGACAUACAGGAUAUUAAACUACACACCAGACCUGCACCCGGCAGAUGACAAUGCAGUGAUCAAGAAAGGGUUAAGUGUUUGGAGCAGUGUCACCCAACUGAAAUUCAUCAAGAAGGACAGAGGGGAUGCAGACAUAAUGAUCUCCUUUGCAACCAGAGGUCACAACGCCUUCAUCCCAUUUGAUGGUCCAGGAGGGUCAGUUGCUCAUGCCUAUGCAUCUGGAAAGGACUUUGGUGGAGAUGCUCACUUUGAGGAGAUUGAAACUUGGACCAAAAGCACAGAAGGUAUGAACCUGUUUUAUGUUGCUGCACAUGAGUUUGGCCAUUCACUGGGGCUUUUCCAUUCCAAAGGCCCCAAUGCUCUGAUGAACCCAGUCUAUUGGAAAUUUGACCCUUCAGUAUUCCCUCUUAAUCAGGAUAAUAUUAAUGGCAUUCAGUACCUCUACGGACAAUCUUCUAACACCCACUAUGACCAAAGGGAAUCUACUGAGAUAAAAGACCCAACUGAGUCAAAAGAUCCUGCACUGCCAAACACCUGUGGUCCCGAUUUAACUUUUGAUGCUGUCACCACUUUCCGUGGAGAAAUAAUGUUCUUCAAAGACAAGCAUUUUUGGUGCAAGUAUCCUGCAGUCAAAACAGCUGAUUCUAAUUUAGUAACUUCGUUCUGGCCAUGGCUGCCACCUGGUGUUGAUGCUGCAUAUGAAAUUCCUGAAAAAGACAAAACCGUCAUUUUUAAAGGGAAUGAAUUCUGGGUUGUGAGAGGAGAUACCAUACUUCCUGGAUACCCCCAGAAAAUCUACACCCUGGGCUUUUCAAAGGAUGUUACCAAAAUAGGUGCUGUUUUUUAUAAUGCAAAUGAGGGGAAAGCCUAUUACUUCAUAGUGGACAAAUUUUGGAGGUAUGAUAAAAGAAGUCAGUCUAUGGACAGGAAUCCCAUGCUAGUAAGAGAUGCAUUUCCUGGAAUUAAUGGCAGGAUCAACGCUGUUUUUCAACAUAAAAGUUUUCCUUAUUAUUUGCAUGGAAGAAAGCAAUUUGAGUUUGACCUUGGCAAGAAGAGAGUUACACGCCUCCUAAAGACAAAUUUCUGGUUUCGGUGUUAA